CGGACCACCUUCACCAGUUCACAGCUGAAAGAGCUGGAGAGAGUCUUCGCGGAAACCCACUACCCCGAUAUCUACACCCGAGAAGAACUGGCCCUCAAGAUAGACCUGACAGAGGCCCGGGUGCAGGUCUGGUUUCAAAACCGGCGAGCCAAAUUUCGCAAGCAGGAGCGGGCGGCCAACUCCAAGUCGGGGAGCAACUCCAGCAGCGGCUCGAGUGGUAAAAAGUCAGACCCCAGGUCCUCCUCCCGAGGACGACGAGUCCAAAGAGUCCAACUGCAGCCCGACGCCCGACAGCACGGCCUCCCUGCCCACCGCCGCCAGCCUCAACAG